UUCUUUUUAUCCUCCAUUAAAAAAUGGCUGCCAACUUUUGGCUCUCAWCUCAUCACAAUGAAUGGAUUUUAGACCGCGAAGAAAUAUUAAUGGAAAGACAGAAUGACUUAAAGAUUCUUACAGAGAAUGAAUACCAACAAUUUCAUAUAUUUUAUUCCAAUUUUAUCCAAGCGUUGGGAGAACAUUUGAAACUUAGACAGCAAGUCAUUGCGACUGCUACGGUUUUCUUUAAACGGUUCUACGCUAAGAAUUCUCUUAAAUGCAUCGAUGCUCUGCUCGUAGCACCAACCUGUGUUUAUCUGUCGUCUAARGUGGAGGARUGCGGAGUUAUAUCGAACAAUAGGYUGAGUACRGCCUGCACAGCUGUUUUGAAGACCAAGUUUUUUCAUGCUUUUCAAAUGGAACAGUUUCCCUACAGAAUGAGUCAGGUAUUAGAGUGUGAAUUUUACCUCCUGGAGAUGAUGGAUUGCUGUCUGAUUGUMUAUCACCCCUACAGACCUCUAACCCAGUACGUCUCAGAUCUUGCCAUGGAAGAUUCCAUUUUACCAAUUGCAUGGAGGAUUGUGAAUGACAGCUUAAGAACCRAUGUAUGCUUACUAUACCCUCCAUACCUUAUCGCACUGGCUGCCAUUCACAUGGCUUGUGUYAUUCAACAGAAAGACACCAAGCAGUGGUUUGCAGAGCUUUCCAUUGACAUGGACAAAGUAGUAGAAAUUACCCAAGAAAUAUUGAACUUGUAUGAAGUAUGGAAAACUUUUGAUGAAAAAAAUGGAAUACGGCAGGUUCUGAAUAAGGCACCUAAACCAAAGGUUCGACCAACUUCAACAACACCAUCCCACACACCAUCUCCUAUCACAAAUGAAAAUUAACCAUGAAUUUUAAUUCUUUCUUAUACAAUUAUAUAAGGCAUUUUAUCUCAUUUUUUUG